AUGUCUAAAGAUCAAGUAGAUGAAUAAGGGUUAUCAGCGUAAUCAUCAAGAUCGUAAUCUCCCUAAUAGUAAUAAAGAAGAAAUAAGUAAUUUUAAAUUGACUUUUUUAUUGAAUGGAAAUAUAUCAAAUCAGAUGAAUUGAAAAAUAUUUUAGAGGAUGUGAAAGUAAUGAAAAUAGAAUGAUUUAGUCUCAAUAUGAUAUAAAAUCCAUUUAAUUGAAUCGAAAUAACUAAAUUCCUGGUUUAGAAGGCACUGCAUUUUCAAUUAUUGAAUCUGAUGAUAGCAAAUUAAAUUUAUAAUUAGAAGCCAUCAAUAAAAUACUGUCAUUGAUUGAAUAAAAAAAAAAUCAAGUUUUUGAGAUGAUGAUGUUGAUACCUGAAGGUAUGAAAAUUCUAUAAUUAUAGGAACUGUUUCAUACUUAAUAGGAACAUCAGGAAAGUAAAUUAAAAAUAUUCAACUUGAGACAAAAACAGAUAUUGUUGUUGUAAAUGCUAUAAAUAAAUUUUCCUUAAGAUCAGUGAAGAUAGCUGGUUAAGAUAUAUUUAUAAUAAAUUAGGUGAAUCAAAUUGCAUAUAUAAUGCCAUUAAACUAAUAACAAAUAAAUUACAUCAAAGGGGAAUUACUGAAGACGAUUAUCUAAAGAGGGCUGAACCAUUAGACCCAGGUAAAGUUAUUACUAAGGUAUUUCAAAUUAUUAAAAAGGUUUAACUUGUUUUUCUUGAUGUAAUAAUAGAUUACAUUCUUAAGAAUAAAGAGAUAGAAAAAAAGUAUUAAAUAAAAAUGAAAGCAAAAAAUAUAGAUGAAAUUCCAAUAAAAGUAAGAUAGAAAUGAUGAUAAAUAGUAUAAAUUUAAAAAAGGUGAAGAAAUAUUACAAUUAGUUGGAACUUUAAAAAAUGUUUAAGAAGCAAUAAAAUAAAUAAUUCACAAGAUUAGUAGUGAAUUUAAGAAAUUAGAAUUUGAUAUAAGAGUAGUUAUGCCAGCUAAUUUUGCAUCUAAAUUGAUAGGAGCUAGUAUAUAAUGUUAAAUAUUAAUUUUUUCCAAGAGGGAUGUCAAAUAAAAGAACUUGCAAAUAAAUCUAAAGGAGCAUAAAUAAAAGUGAUGUCUGAUAAAGAUGAUUCUGAUAUAGGAUUAUGUAUGAUUAAAAAAAUAAUUAGAUUGCCUGGUUUAAGUGAUAGGAUCAGUAGAACGUAAAUAAGAGGCUACAGUGUUAAUUUUGGAAUAGAUAGAAUGUUUUAAAAAUGGAGGACCUGUAUUAAAAUAAUUAAAAAGGUCCUUGAAAGCGGAAAGUACAUAAAUGAAAACCAUGGAUAAGAAUUCAAAAACAAUAUGCAAAUUUAAGAUAUGAAAUAAAAAAUGUUGGAUCAAAAUAAUUAAUUAAUCAGAUAGAAAUCUUCAUCAUCCAGAUCUAUAAGAAGAUUGAGAUCCAGAUCAGAAUCAAAUAAAAGACAUAAAAAAUCUAAGAAAUCUAGAUCAACUAGGUACUUCUAAUCAAUAGAAAAAGUUCAAAUAAACGAAAAAUCAAAUAAAAUCCAUUUUAGACAAAGUUAGUAGUGCCAACCUAUUUAAUUGAAUAAAUUAAGAAAAAAUUAAAUCGUAUUGGAAGAGAAGAAGGAGUUUAUAUUAAAGGAGAUGAUAGAGUUACAAUAUAUUAUUUAAUAAUUUAGGAAUUUAGAGAUGAGUUUGUUCUUAAAUUGAGAGGUGAAAUGAAAAACUGUUUGACUGUAAUCUAGCAUAUUUUAAUUGAAUAAUGUAAAUUAUAAAGAAGAUGA